GUGCGUGCGUGUUUUAAAGAUGGCCGGAGCGGCGGCGGCCGUGGCCGCGGGAGCAGCAGCCGGGGCCGCCGCGGCCGCCGUGUCGGUGCCGGCUCCGGGUCGGGCCUCGGCGCCCCCUCCGCCCCCGCCCGUGUACUGCGUGUGCCGGCAGCCGUACGACGUGAGCCGCUUCAUGAUCGAGUGCGAUGCGUGCAAGGACUGGUUCCACGGCAGCUGUGUCGGUGUAGAAGAGCAUCAUGCUGUUGACAUCGACUUAUACCACUGCCCCAACUGCGCAGUCCUACAUGGUUCUUCCUUGAUGAGGAAGAGGAGAAACUGGCACAGGCAUGACUACACAGAAGCGGACGACGGCUCCAAGCCCGUGCAAGCCGGGACCAGGGCCUUCGUCACAGAGCUGCGUUCCCGCGCCUUCCCAAGUGCCGAUGAAAUUGUUGUAAAGAUGCAUGGCAGUCAGCUGACACAAAGAUACCUGGAGAAACAUGGAUUUGAUGCUCCUAUUAUGGUCCCUAAAUUAGAUGACCUUGGACUCAGGCUCCCUUCAGCGACCUUUUCAGUGAUGGAUGUGGAACGUUAUGUAGGUGGUGACAAAGUGAUAGAUGUCAUUGAUGUGGCAAGGCAGGCGGACAGCAAGAUGACACUUCACAACUAUGUUAAAUAUUUCAUGAAUCCUAACAGACCAAAAGUGCUGAAUGUGAUCAGCCUUGAAUUUUCAGAUACAAAGAUGUCUGAAUUGGUGGAGGUCCCUGAUGUAGCCAGAAAACUUUCCUGGGUGGAAAAUUAUUGGCCAGAUGACUCGGUCUUUCCUAAGCCCUUUGUCCAGAAAUACUGCUUAAUGGGAGUUCAAGAUAGCUAUACAGAUUUCCACAUUGACUUUGGUGGGACUUCUGUCUGGUACCAUGUCCUUUGGGGUGAGAAGAUUUUUUAUUUGAUAAAGCCAACAAAUGAAAAUUUGGCACUCUAUGAAUCUUGGAGUUCAUCUGUGACCCAGAGUGAGGUGUUCUUUGGAGAUAAAGUAGAUAAAUGCUACAAGUGUGUGGUAAAGCAGGGACAUACCUUAUUUGUUCCUACAGGGUGGAUUCAUGCUGUGCUCACUUCUCAGGACUGUAUGGCUUUUGGGGGUAACUUUCUACACAACCUCAACAUUGGCAUGCAGCUCAGGUGUUAUGAAAUGGAGAAAAGACUAAAAACACCAGAUCUUUUCAAAUUCCCUUUCUUUGAAGCCAUAUGCUGGUUUGUAGCCAAAAGUUUGCUGGAAACCCUGAAAGAGCUGAGAGAAGAUGGGCUCCAGCCUGAGACUUACUUAGUGCAGGGAGUGAAGGCAUUGCACACCGCCCUGAAAGCGUGGGCGAAAAAAGAACUUGUAUCUGAACAUGCCUUUGAAAUUCCAGACAAUGUCAGACCUGGACAUCUUAUUAAGGAACUUUCUAAAGUAAUUCGAGCGAUAGAGGAAGAAAAUGGCAAACCAGUUAAAUCUCAGGGAAUUCCUACUGUGUGUCCAGUUUCACGGCCUUCAAAUGAAGUAUCUUCACCGUAUCAUUCCCGGCGAAAGAUGAGAAAACUUCGAGACCAUCAUGUCAGAACUCCUUCUAACCUAGACAUCCUUGAGCUCCAUACAAGGGAAGUCCUCAAAAGACUAGAGAUGUGUCCGUGGGAGGAGGACAUACUGAGCUCUAAACUGAAUGGAAAAUUCAACAAACAUCUCCAGCCAUCUUCCACCGUACCUGAUUGGAGAGCGAAAGAUAAUGAUCUACGAUUACUGCUGACAAAUGGAAGAAUAAUUAAAGAUGAGAGACAGCUGUUUGCAGAUCGGAGUCUUUAUACAGCAGAUAGUGAAAAUGAAGAGGACAAGAAACCAGCAAAGAAGGCAAACGUAAAGACAGAAGAGCACUCAGGAAGAGAGGGGCCAGAAAGUGGAGGGUCCCCAGAACCACUUAGCAGAAUUUUUACAAGUGUGAACUCAGAACUCAGGAAUAGAGCAUCAGAAUAUUCUGAUGUUUCUGAUUCAGAAGACUCUGGACCUGAUUGCACUGCCCUGAAAAUUAAUUUUGCCGCUGAAGACUCUGAAAGCUCGGGUGAUGAAAAGAACCCUGAAAUAACAUCAAACUUUAAGGAGGAAUCUGAUAUAGAGAGGAGCCUCCUUCAUAAGGGCCAGAAGCCAUCUAGAAAUGAAAUCCCAGUUAAAAGGGAAUGUCCUACGUCGACGAGCACAGAGGAAGAAGCUAUUGAGGGCAUGCUGUCGAUGGCAGGGCUGCACUAUCCCGCGUGUUUACAGAGGCGGAUACAAAGCACAGACUGCAGUGCUGGGAAGAACUCUCUCCAGGGCUCCAGCAGCUGCCACGGCAGUAACCCUGACCUUAGGCAGUUGUAUCGCUGUGAUAAACCAGUGGCAUUUGGGUACCAUGACAAAACUGCAGAUCAAGACUUGAGGACUUCUUCUUGGACUAAACAGUUUGAUAGACCUUCCAGAUUUAAUCCUCAGGACUUGAGUAGAAGCCAGAAAUCCAUCAAGAAGGAAAGUUCUUCAGAAACCAGUCAGAAGGCACAAAGCAGGCAUUGUGUGGACAGUAGUAGCUCAAGUAUUCAAAAUGGAAAGUGCAUGCUGAAUCCCAGCUUGGUUUCAGGGCCGUGCCAGAUAAAUAAUGGAAGUCUAAGCCCAGAAAGGCCUAUUGGUGAGACCCCUUUCUCAGUGCCUCUUCAUCCCACGAAGAGACCUGCAUCAAACCCACCGCCUGUCAGCAACCAGGCCACAAAAGGUAAACGUCCAAAAAAAGGAAUGGCAACAGCCAAACAACGUCUUGGGAAGAUCCUUAAAUUGAACAGAAAUGGCCAUGCACGUUUCUUUGUGUGACAGCCUCCAUGGCAGUCUCUCUCCUUUGGAGGCCAGUCUUGGGCUGUGGAAACCUGGAGUUUGCGCCGUCCCCUGCCUGGAGCAGUUUGUGUGUACAGUAAGAAUACUGCCCGAAGAACGGAACGAACCAGCUGCUGCCUUUCACUGUGCCACACCCACAGCAAUAACCCUUUGGACCUGGUGGGGGAGAGGAAGAAGGAGGGUAGAACCUUAAAAAGAGACCUUGAACUGGAAAGGGGUCUCUUGUCAGGGCUUGAAUUUAAUUUUGUUGUUGGUAGUGUCUUGAUUUAUUUUCAGUAGUAGGAUAAAGAAUUAUCAAUAAUUUAUUUAACAGAUUUUUUUUUUAAAGUUAACAGCUUUUAAAUCCUUUCUUUUUUUAAAGCUAUUUAUUUGGAAGAUUUCUGGAGAAAUAUCUCACUAAUUUAGAUUUAAGAAUGUGAAGGUUUUUAAAUUAUUUUUGAUAGUGUGUGUUACAUGUGGGAAGAGCCACAGUAACAGUAGCUAGUCUGGACUCUUAAAUUUGAUAUUCAGGUUAAAGUCUUAAACAGGGAUUUGAUGCAUUAAUUAUUUUAAAUUAAGAUGUAUAUGAAAUCAUUUUAUUUUAUAUAUUUCAUGUGUUUUUUAUAAGCUAUUAGCUUCGCUUUUGCUAACAUCCAAGGUGCAUACUGUUAUCCAGGUUGAUUCCCUUACACCCCACCUUUCCACUGCAAGCCCCGCCCCCGACGUAUUGAGAUGACCCCAGACUCUUCGCAGGGAAACACCUUAAUAGCCAAUGCUAAGAACCACAUAAGAGUCUUCGUUUCUUGUUUCUUUUGACAUUGUGGUUUUCUUCUACAUGUGGAGAAAUAGGCUUGUUCCAUUUUCAUUUCUCCUGAUAUCUAGGUCCCAAAGAGAACAGCUUUAAUAUCUUUUUCCUACUAAUGGGGAAAGUAUAAGUUUGGUUAAAAUGUCACGUUUAUAGUUUUUUCAAAAACCUUUAUAAUUACAGAGGGCCUUCUUCAUACUGCUGGUGUUGGAAGAGCCAACAUCUACCACAGGUUAUAUCUUACCAUGCUUUUAUUAUCUAGACAUAAUUUUUUUUAGAAAUACAAUUUGAUUUAGGAUGUUCAAAUCUGCAUAAAAGCCGUAAUACAAUAGGACUAUACUAUAUUAAGUUGUAUAGAAGCAAGCAUGUUGGAAUAGAUCGGGGUGUGUGUGUGUGUGUGUGUGUGUGUGUGUGUGUGUGUGUGUGUGUUUAAUUUCUGAACAAUUAUUUCAACACAUAUUUGGAGUAAAAUGGGUGCUUUUUGCAGUUUCUUCCAUCUGUCUUGGCUAGUAGCAUAUGGAGGUUAAGUGUCUGGUUGAGCUUUAGUUAAGAUAAUAAUUUAUAUCCUUUAUGUACAACUUUUACUAAAUGCAAGUUUUCAGUUGCUUGUAAUAGUUUUUAGUCUCUUUGAGUCUCCCUAUUUUCCCCUCAUGGCAUUAAAAUAAAUUGAUACUGGGGGUCUGAUGGUAUUAUAUUUUACAAAUUCCUACAAAGACAAUAUAGGCAAAUAAUAUGAACUAUAUUUUUCUGGAGAAAUAUGGCUGUAUAAUGGAUUUUUGUCUUUCUCACUCAGCAAGGUAGCUGGACUUUUCCUUCUGCACUAAGCAUUAAGUUGUAAGAAAAGAAUUAUGUACCUUUCAUAGUUGCAUUCAAAACAUGUAUUUCCAAAGAGAAAUAUUUCUUAUUCUGUGUCUUGUAUUGAAGGGAUAAGGAAGUUACGAGUUCACCUUUUUGGUCCAGAUUGUUUGGACCAAAGUUUCGGUUCAUUUUGGUUGUCAGGAUAGGAUUUUUGUGGCAUUCGUGGUAUCUGUAGACGCCUCCCUAACCCUGCCUAGUAGAGAGAGGAAUGCAGUCCAGGCACUGGCUAUAUCUCAGGAUGCAAAACUCUGGAUUGAUGGCCCUCACCUCCCCACACUGGAUCACUGUGAUGUCUUUGUCUCUGUUUUAUUUUAGAACACACACUUGUAUUUUGGGUUAAGAAAUAAGCAGCAUCAUUUCUUUCUUCAGUUACAGUGAUUUAGAUUUUUUUUUUUUAAACAGCUCAAGUAGUUUAGCUACUUUUUUUGUCAUAAAAAUUAAAACUUAUUUUUUAUGAAUUAAGACUGUGGCCAGUUUCCACCCUGUAUCUUUAGGCUCAUAAAACUAAUUUUGAGUUGCCAGUAUUUGGAAUUUUUAGGUAACUGCUGUGGGUUUUUUUUUUUUUUUUGAUCAUUUUGACCCAUAACUGACUAAAUCACAAAACUUUUAGCAAGUUAAUACAGCCACUAAGAAAGAAUCCAUGUGUCUUUUCUGAGUUGAUAAAAAUUCAGCCACGUAGGCAGUGACUUUUCUUGUCAGACCUCUUACAUAGUUCUCCAACUUGAUGUGUCCUUUUAUCUCAUAGAAAUGGCUGGACUUUGAGGUGUGACUACUGCUAGGAUCUGGGCUCAACAGUUAUAAGUAAUCUGACUUAUAGUAUACUAUAGCUUAAAUAAGAAGACGGCAGCGGUAAUACUUAGUUAUAAGCAAAUAAAAUUUGUGAAGUUGAGAACUAAUGAUUUAGUGUGCAGCUUUGAUAGCAGUAGUGACCCUGUUGUAAUUGAGCUAAGUGACCCUUAACCUGGAAUCUACUGUACUGUAAUUCACAACAGUAUAUAAUAUCAUGCUCUCUAGUAUUGGUGAAUGAUUAACAAUACAAAACUGGCAGCUUUGUACUUCAGGAUCUACAUCGAAAUUUGUAAAUUUCAUUUUUGAAGCACACAAAAUUGAACCAUCUACUGAAACCAUAAACUCAGAGGUGACAAGUCCAUCUGUAUCACUAGUUUAAAUACUUAGCUUAAUACUUAAAUACUAGUCGAAUGCUAUUCUUGUUUUACUAAUCCUAAUGAAUUCCUUUUCUAUGUAUUUUACUGUAUUUAUUAAUAUGAGAUCAGCAGGAAUUUAUCAGACAUCUUCUGUGAGCCCAGAACUAGUUAGUACUGUAGAGGAUCUCAAUUUUAGUUUUAGUCUGCCUUUGAAGGUGUGUCUUCUCCAGAGUGUUACCAGUAUUGUUUUCAUUUCAAGCACACUUGAGCAGAAGGUGAAUCAUUGGUAAAGAGAACAGAACAGGAAAAAAAAAAAAACAAAAACAAAAAAACCAGUCUAAUUUCAUUAGUUUCAACUGAGACGCACCAUUAUAGAAAUGGGGGGGGGGUGUUUAAAAAAACAAACAAGCCAAAAAAAGACCUCUCUUCUUUAGUAUUUAAGAAAAUCCCACAAGUUAGUAAUUUUUGUUGGUAAUAAAGGGUGUGACAGUGUGGCAAAGCUUGGAAAGGAGCAAAAAGCCUGCAUUUUGGUCCAUGUUCUGCCAUUUAUGUCAACUAAGCAACCCUGAAUCAGUAAAUUAUUCUGAGUUUUAUUUCUAAGCCCUUGUUAUUUGUAAGUUUUGAGUAAAAAAAUACUUAAUGAUACUCAGUGAACUAGCAUUCUUUAACUAUUAUGUCAGUUAGUUAAGUUACAACUGAUAGUUGAGUAUACCUUUAGAGAAAUCUAUAGAGGAAACUGCUUUUAUUCAUCACAUUUGAUAUCUUAUGUGUAAAACCAUCCUAACAAGGUGCUGAAUUAGAAUCAGGUUUUAUGCUUGAAGUGAAAAAAAAAAAAAGGUUUGUGAACAGAAGAGGAAGAGCUUUUAUCAAGUUAGUGGUGAUUGUGUUGUACAACAGAAAAGCUAGCUUUACGUUUCUUUCAAAGAGGAAAUUAGUACUGUUUUCCAGAUUUGGCAUACUCUUCAGGCUCAAAAGUUAAAGUGAGUGAUGAAUGUAAAAUGACUUGGCAGCCAGCCGUGGGACUGUGGGAAAGGUAAGGUGACUGGGAGCUCAGCAAAGGCAGCUGUGGGUUGGGCACUGGGGAGGGAAAGUAGCUGGGGGUAGUGUGGAUCUGGGCCACGGCUGGGCGUGUCUAACAGAGUGAGUGUGCUCUGAAGCGGCGAGGCAGUCCCUGAGAGCUGGUGGAAUUGCUCAUAGAAAGAACUGUUAUAGCAAAUGGGAAUUCCUAGUUUUCACACGGAGAAAUAAGAAACUUAAUAAUGCAAAUUUAAAACUGCUCUCAAAAAUUCACCUUUCCCAUUAUAUAUUAAACUAUCACUCUCCGUGUAAGAGACAAGGCCUUGCCUUUCAUGUGUAAGGCCUUGGGUUUUAUCCCUAGUACUACAAAGAGAACAAGAGGAGCGAAGGCUUUCAGACUGUUAAUCUAAUACAGACUGUUUUAUCUAAUACAAUCUCAAAAAAAUUGCCUAGGGAAAGCUAGUCUAUUGAGUAUUACUAUAGUGACCAAUGUAACUGAGAUAGGAGAAAGAUUUGCCUAGGGACACACAGUGGCUUUGAGAUUUCUGGUACUUUGUUUCCUUACACAGACUCUGUUCUUUGACACUGCAGCCUCUGCUUAUUUGUGGAUGCUGUCCAUAUAUGUUCUUGAAGCUAGACAGAAAGAACAAUUGGUCUACGCCCUAACCUGCUGUUGAGCAUAAUUAACCUCAUACUUAUUACAAACCUUUCCUUUAUUUUCUCUCAUGCCAUAAGUGAAAUAUUUGAAAACUUUCUAUAAGCAUUUUUAAAAAGCAAAUGUCUAUUUCCAAAGCAGCUGGCAUAUCAUCACUCCCAUGGUUUAGUUCUCUGUAGUAAGUCUCCCCUUUUUACUGGGGAAGAAGCAAGUAACACUCACUGGAGAAGCCCUUAGGUCCCAUUACCCUUGGUGCCCUUUUAGUUUCUUAAGGCUUUGUCUUAACUGUGACAUUAAACUUUUUGCUUAAAAUCUUUUAAAGGAUGUAUCCAAUGAUUCUUAAACAGACUGACCUGCUCUGCACUAUUCAUUAAUGAAACCCUGGCUACCGCGUAGCCCUUGACCUCCAAGUAGUUUACCUAUGCAAGACCUGUGACACUCUAAUUCACUUUCCUUCGUUACAGAAAGCAGUCAUAGAGUAACUUAAUCAUAAAAGGUUUGUCUUCAGUGAGGCUUUUUUCUUUUCAAAAUAAAUCAGCUAUUUUCCCUCCAUAUUUUUUUACCAAAACAAUUAUCAUAAGUGCUAGAAUAUAUACUAUUUUGCAGGAAUAAAAUAACCAAGACAUAUGCUUAUAUUUCUUUGGUAGAUUUUGUUUGGUAAGAAAUUCCAGCAUUAACUGUAGAGUUGAUUCUUUGCCUAGAACAAUUUUUUUCCUCCUAAGAUUCAUAAGUAACAUUUUCACGAAGCAUGCAUAUAACUUACACAAUAUAGUCAGGGACCUGAGGUGUAACUUUAUAAGUGAACCCAAGGUUAUUUUAUCUUGCAAAAGAAACGUAAACCAAACUAAGGGCCUUACAGUUCAUGGUUAGAGUGAAUUAAAUGCUGUAACCUCAGUUUUUCCAAAAGCAGCUCUUGACUGCACAGGUGAGUCAUGCAGUUGUUAAGUAUGAAAUAGCACUGAUAGGAAAUGCAUGCGCAUCUUUGCAGACUGUAUUUCCUUUGGAAAAGACUUUUCUACUUUUAAUAUAAUUAAGCCAUAACAGUUUCAUGCUGUGGAAAGGAUGAAAAGGUUCAUUUUAAGAGAUUAUAUAGUAUGGACUUUCACAUUUAUUGUGAAACAUCUAACUUUGCCAGUGUUUCAGCAAGUUUUUCUUUUGUGGUGGUGGAGGGUGGUAAAGGGGAGGGGUAAGUAUUGGUUUUAGGGGUUGUAACUCUGUGAAAUUUGAAGACAGGACAGUUGUUGGCUAUGGUACUUACUAGUUUUGUAGUAAUGUUUUGCUAGCCUGACUUUCCUUACUGGUUUUUAUGUCCAUGGUCCCUGGUGACUGUUACUCUUACUGUUUGGUAGUGUCUCAUCUGUGUGUAGGCAGUGUGUGUGUGCACAUGUGUGGCUUUGACUACAGAAACCCUGAGUGACAACAGAAUGGGUGUGGCUGGAAUGGGAUGCUGAAGCUUUAAGAGCAUUUGUUUUUAUUCACAACAGUAUUUCCCAUCUUUUGCCUGCAGGCAGGGAAAGUGUACAGUAUUUAUUUCGUUCCUGUUUUACUCUGAAUUUGUAAGUCAUUAAGUAGCUUAUAUUAUUAUAGGGGAAGACAAGUGACUUGCUUAAAGUUGUAUUUAGAAUUCUUACUUCCUAAUUUCUGUAUUUUUAAAUAUUGAAAUUAAAAUUGUAUUACUUCUGUUUUGAUUUUUUUU